AUGGGCACGGCGGUUCGCGAGGAAACAGGGCCCACCGGGGCCGCGCUUUCUCCAGUCGCACACAAGGACGUGGGCGCAGCGGGGGUAGCCAAAGACGGGGACCCGCGCUUCCGUUCUCUUUGCUGCGUGAGCUUGGUGGCGAUGACACUGAUGGCGGCGGCGGCGGUGGCGCCCGCCUUUACGGGGGCCGUGGCGGCCGCGGUGGCGGCGGCGGGCGCUUUGGCACCCCGGCCCGGGGACAUGGAUACGGAUAAGGGCGAGGGCAAGGCAGGUCAGGGCCCGGCAAAGCGACGGCGGGUGCUUUCCUCCGGGGGAGAUGGAGGUGACGGCAAUGGCGGCGGCGGCGGCGGCGGCCGCAGCAGCAAAGCCGGUCCCCGAGUCGGCGGGCUGACACGUACAUUGGCUGCCAUGAAGCAGCAGCCGACUGGAUCCAAAUCUGGAUCUGGAUCUGGGCAGGGGGAAGGUCCGAGCUCUACUAAAACCAAGUUUCAUGAACUGUUGGUUGACGGUUGGGAGAGCCGUAACGGUCGCGAGGCGUUUAUGGAGGAGCUUCGCCUGCAGGCACGACUUGCGAAGAAGCUUGGCAAGAAGAGCAAGAAUGAUGCCUUGGACGGGAUGGACAAACUCAUGGGCUUCCUUUCAGCUGGAUCCGGAUCCAUGCUGCCCAGAUAUCUGGAUCCAGAAUCCCGUCAGAUGGCUGAAGAUCUUCUGGUGAAAUCCGGAUCCGGAUCUGGUGCAGAUCAAGGGUCUCGAUCCAAGGCACCAGCAAAGAGCGGUCAACAGCCGGCAAACGCCGCAGCAGCUGCACGGCAAGUGGCCGAGAUUUUGGAUCGUGAAUCCGAUGAGGAGCUUGAGUUUUUUGGAAUCGAUCCAGGAAACUCAAGGGAGGGUGACGAUGAGGGCGACGGGGAGGAGGAGGGCAGCAGUGAUGGCGAGGACUUGCAUGACAUGUACGACAUGGAUCUCGGUUCUGAAUCCGAAGACGAGGACGACGAUGGCGAUGCGGAGGGCGAGGUGUACAGCAGCAGUGAUGAUGAAGAUGAUGGUGGCAGCGGUGGCAGAGAGGGAGGUCUGAGCUCUGAGGAAACUGACGGCGACGACGAGGACGAGGACGAUGAGGACGACGGCGAUGAAGAUGAAGAUGAGGAGGAGUACGACAUGCUCGGCCAUCUCAUGGGAUCGGAUUCCGAAGAUGCCAGAGAUGCUGGUGCUGUCUCCAAGGGUGGUGAUGAGGAUGACGACGACGACGAGGACGCGGAUGAGGACGAUGAGGAUGGGGAUGGGGAUGAUGAUGAUGAUGAUGAUGAGGAGGAGGACGACCGGGGCCAAGAUGAUGAAAUUGGGGAUGAUGUCCUCCGAAACCAGAGGCGACCGUCAAGGGAGGUGCUGACGUCAUCACGUACAGGCGGGAGCCAGCAACAGCAACAACAGCAGCAGCAACAAAAGUAUGUGCCGCCAGCGCUACGUGGGCAACUGGCAGCUGCGGCCGCCACUGCUGUUGGAGGGGGAGGAGGGGGAGGAGGGGACGCCGCCCGUGUGCAGGUGGAGCGCCGCGUGACGGGGCUUAUCAACAGGCUCGCGGAGGCCAACCUCCAAGCCAUCUCUCGCGAUGUGGCUGAGUUGUACCGCACUCAAGGACGAAGACUGGUUUCGGAGGCUGUGGCAGCGCAGAUUCUGGGGGCCGCGGAGUCGGGGCCUCGCGCGUCCGAGCAGUUUGCGGCAGUCGCAGCUGCCUUCGUUGCGGCCAUCGCCGCUCAGACGGAGGCUCAGGACCUGGCUGCCGGUUUCCUGGCGGCGCUGGCGGAGAGGCUGGAGGGGGCCAGGGGGAGCGGGGACAGCCUGGCCCAAGCCAAUUUGGUGACUCUCCUAGCGUACUGCUACAGCGCCGGUUUGGUGGCGCCCGGGUUGUGCUACAGCCUGCUUGCGGUCCUCAAGGAGCGGUUUCAGGAGGCUGACGUGGCGGCCAUGGUCACAUUACUCAAUGCGGUAGGCUUGCAGCUACGUAACGCCGACCCGGGCCUUAUGAAGGAGUUCGUACUGGGGGUGCAUGAGCGGGCGGCUCAGUUAGGGCGGGAAGGUAACCUGAGUCGUCGAGCCCAACUCAUGCUGGACCUCAUCAUCGACAUCAAGAACAAUAAAACAUCGGCCGCAGGGGGAGCGGCAGCCUCCGUAGCCCUGGCAGGCAAUGUCACGCGGAAAGGAAAGACCGCCGAUGCCGCCGCCGGCGCCGGCGGUGGCGGCCGCCGCGGCGGCGCGCUGGCUGUGCUACAGCCUUCCGUUGCCAAGUGGUUGCAGCAGUUGGGGGUUGAGGAGGUGUGCUUACGAGGGCUCACGUGGCAGAAGCUUUUGGCGCCGAAUAAAAAAGGUAUGUGGUGGAUGCCGGUCGCUGGAGAGGCCCUGGACGAUCCCUUGAUGCUGGCGGCGGCGGGUGGUGGUGGUGGCGGCGGCAGCGUGGGCGCCGCUAGCGCCACGGCCACAGCCACCGGCGCUGGUGGUGGUGGUGCUGCUGCUACAGCUGCUAGUACCGCCCGAUUGCUGCAGCUGGCGGCGGCACAGAGAAUGAACACCGACGCGCGGAGAGCUGUGUUUGUGGCCAUCAUGGGUUCUGAGGACUGUAGGGAAGCUCACGAGAAGCUUCUACGACUGCCUCUCAAGGGCGACCAACGCCGCGAGAUUGUUCGCGUGCUGGUGGACAGCUGCCUGGGGGAGAAGACCUGGAACCCGUACUACGGCUUCUUGGCGCUGCGGCUAUGUGGGGGAGGAGGGGAGGGGGGUACCGGUGGUGGUGGGUCGGUGGGACGAGCGCACCGCGUGACGAUGCAGUACUGCCUUUGGGACAAGUUCAAGGAGUUGGAGUCAAUUGAUGUACGGCCGCUGACCCACCUGGCCAAGCUUGCCGCGCUGCUGGUGGCGCGGUUCGCCCUGUCGCUGUCGCUGUUGAAGGUCGUUGACUGGUCCGACCUGACCGCCAAGCAGUUGCUGACGUGGCGCAUCUUCAUGCAACACCUGCUGAGCAGUUGCAAGACUGCAGGUGAUGUCAAGCAGGUCUUUGCACGCGUGGCCUCACAACCCAAGCUUCACUCGUUCGUGCGCUCCUUGCCCCGAUCUCUUCCACCGCUAAGGCCCCCCUCGUCGCCGUGUUCCACUCUGUCCCCCCUCAUCUCGGGGCUCCUCCUCUUCUUGCGCUCCUCCUUCGCGCCCUGGGUGGCGAUCAAGCUGCCGCCCGGUCCGGAGUCCGAUGAGCUGUUGAGGCGGACGAGGGUGGCGGAGAAGGAGCUGGCGGCGGGAGAGGGCAGGGCGGCGGCGGUGGUGAUUUGA